ACUUGACAGCUGAUGUUGGUGGGAGUAUAGGAGUGAAUGAAAGUCCACUGCAAUCCACUUUAACAAGUUCAAAGUAGUCUCUUUAUUAUAACACAAUCAUUCGCUGAUUAGACUUAAUACAGUUAAGAACAAUCAAAAUGGGGUUACCGGAGCCGCUGCAGAAGCUUUUCAAACAUAUUGAUGAUAACAAAGCUAAAUAUAUAAGCAACUUGAAGGAUGCUGUUGCUAUCCCCUCUGUUUCUGCUAGUCCAGAGUACAGAGAUGAAACAAUAAAAGUGGUCCAUUGGUUUGAAAAGAAAUUGCAAGAUUUGGGAGUUAAAACUGUCCUUCGUGAUGUUGGUAUGCAAACAUUGCAUGACUCCCGUCAGAUUCCCUUGCCACCAGUUUUGCUGGGCACAUUGGGAAAUGACCCAAAAAAGAAGACAGUCUGUGUGUAUGGACAUUUGGAUGUCCAACCUGCAUUGAAGGAAGAUGGUUGGCACACAGAGCCAUUUGAAUUAACUGAGAAAAAUGGAAAACUGUAUGGCAGAGGUUCAUCUGAUGACAAGGGACCAGUUUUAUGCUGGAUCCAUGCACUUGAAGGUUUCCAGAAAAUUGGUGAAGAUUUGCCAGUCAAUAUGAAAUUUGUGUUUGAGGGUAUGGAGGAAUCUGGCAGUGAAGGCUUGGAUGAUUUGCUCUUUGCUGAAAAGGAUAAGUUCUUGUCAGAUGUUGAUUAUGUCUGUAUUUCUGAUAACUACUGGUUAGGAACUGAUCAUCCAUGCAUCACUUAUGGACUAAGAGGUCUCUGCUACUUCUUUUUGGAAAUUGAAUGUGCUGAAAAAGAUCUUCAUAGCGGCGUUUUCGGUGGAACUGUACAUGAAGCAAUGGCUGACUUGGUGUACCUGCUAAACACCUUGGUUGAUAAGGAUGGCAAGAUUUUGGUGGAGAACAUUUACAAUGAAGUAGCUAUCUUAAGUGAUACUGAGAAAGAGCUGUAUAAAAAAGUACACUUUGAUGUUGAGGAAUACAGAACGAAUAUUGGUACAAAGCAGUUGCCACAUAAUUCUGUUAAAGAGCAACUUCUGAUGCACCGUUGGCGUCAACCCUCUUUGUCCAUCCAUGGUAUCGAAGGCGCGUUCAGCGAACCCGGCCAGAAAACUGUAAUUCCGGGCAAAGUCAAUGGUAAAUUUUCCAUUAGAAUUGUUCCCAAUCAAGAGCCGAACGUUAUUGGUGACUAUGUGAUCAAGCAUAUCGAAAAGAAAUGGGCGGAACGUGGCAGCCCAAACAAGAUGAAAAUCCAAUUGAGUCAUGGUGCUAAAUCCUGGACUGAAGAUCCACAACAUCCUCACUACGUCGCUGCCGCAAAGGCCACUAAAUACGUUUACAAAGUAGAACCUGAUUUAAUUCGUGAGGGCGGUUCCAUUCCAGUAACUUUAACUCUGCAAGAAGCCACCGGUAAAAACGUUUUGCUUUUACCUGUUGGCUGUGGUGAUGAUGGUGCUCACUCCCAGAACGAGAAGAUCGACAUCAGAAACUACAUUGAAGGGACUAAACUGCUAGGAUCUUAUCUUUACGAAGUUUCUAAAUUGUAAUUUUCUAAGACACUACAUUUUUAUAUAUAUUCCGCUUAUAUAAUGUUAAAAGUAAAAGAACAUU